UCCCCCAACCCCCAACUACCAAUCUUUCUAAAAUUCAUUUGGUUUAAGAUCCCUCAAUAUGGCUUCUAAAGUGUUAUUGUUAUUUGUUGUACUCAUAUUUCUGUUGGUAAUUGGAAUGGAAGGGAGGAUACUUUGGGAUAAUUCAAAGAGUAAAGAUGGUGAGAGCACCGAUCUUUUGCGACGGUUAGGUUACAAUGUUUCUGAACUAACGCGUAUUGGUCGAGAGCUUUCCGUCCGAAACGAAGUAGAUAGGUUUUCUCCAGGAGGGCCUGAUCCUCAACAUCACUCUUAUCCUUUGUCUUCAAAACCCUAAUUUGACCAGAG